AUGUUGAUUAAUCUAGUUUAAUCAAUAAGUUUUGAUAUUAUAAAGGAUAUGUAGAUACAAAGUCUGUGUAUUUAUAAGAGCUUUUUAAUGAUCCAAGAAUAUUUAAUGAGUUUUUACUUCUUAACAAACUCAUGA